ACAGAAAAUGUGAAAUAAUGAUUUAAAUAUGUACGGGAGGUUAACAGAAGAGCUUUAUAUCCGGUUAAACAGGACUUCCGGUGUAUCUUUAAGCUGUCUGCAAAGUGUACAACACAAGGGCUACAAGUUUUAAACUGUUUAAAGAAGGCCGAACAGAAUAUCCAGACAUCAAAGUUAAAGGAAGAUGUCACCACCAGAGCCUAAAGAAUUCCUACCAGGAGUACCAGAUUGGAGCACAGUACAUGAACCAUCUGGAGAUCUGUUUAAGCCUAUUACAGACAAAGAUGAUUGGAGUAAAUUGAUGUGGACUGAAGAACAAAGGAAUAAAUUUUGGACAGAUGGUGUUGUAACAAAUGUACCGCUUCUAUCAGAGGAACAAUGCAAUAGAAUUAUAAAUGAUUAUAAAUACUUCACAGGUGAAGUAGAGCAUCCUGGAAUGGAUAUGAUGUAUGAGUAUCAUUCUAACCAGAGUGGAGAUCCUAACAAUGUUCUCAUACAUUGUCUUGGACAUUGGAGAUUGACAUCAUUAUUUCAUGACUUGCCAUUUCUUCCUCAAAUUGUGGUGCCUGCAUCUCAGUUGUUAGUACCUGAUAAACAAACAGCUGUCAGAUUUUGGCAUGAUCAGUUAUUUGCUAAGCCUGCUAAACAUGGAGGUGUAGUUGCAUGGCACCAAGACUACUCUUACUGGAUCAGAACAAGACCCAUGAUGCACCUUACCGUACAUGUUGCACUUGAUGAUCAGUCAGAAGAAAAUGGAGGACUUUAUUAUAUACCUAAAUCUCAUACGUGGACAAGAGAUGGAGAACCAUUACCAGUAUUAGAUUUUAAUUUUAAGGAUAUGGAGUCUAUAAAGACCAUUUUAACAGAAGAAGAAUUAAGCCAGUUUAAACCAGUAUGUGCCAAAUUAAAGAAAGGAGAAGCUAGUUUCCAUCACCCUUUAACUGUACAUGGAUCCUAUUCAAACAGGAGUGACAGACCUCGUAGAUCAGCCGUACUGAAUUACUUUGGUGAUGGGGUAUAUUCAGAUUCUAAUGAGGAACUUCUAAAAGGCAGUAUAGUACCUAAGGGACAGAAAAUGGAAGGACAAUUUUAUCCUUUAGUGUUUGAUCCAGCUUGGAUGAAGUGAGAGUAAGAUGAAUAAAAAACAUGUAUGUGAUUAAUUGAAAUGGAUGUUUGUAUAAAUUAAGUGAUUAAAUCAGUAAUAAUUGAAUAAAAGAUUUAAAUAUGAAUUAUCAGAAUGUUCCUAUAUAAAAUAUUUAUGCACUAUAAAUUAAAAAUAACUUAACUUCCAUGUGAAAUAUUUAUUGUUUGG